AUUUGUUAUAGCUACAUACCGAUUUGAAACAUGACUUCUUUAUUUUCCGUUCGGAAACUAUGUCUGUUAAAUUAUUCCAAAUCAUUUCUGAGCAACAGCCGGAUAAAAAAUCUGGCUUCCCCAAGAUGUCGAUUCUCAACCUGGAACAAACAGAUUUCCAAAUUUCUGAAGAAGAAUAAGGGAUUAUCUUUAAAAGCAUUUCAACCCAUCAGAGGGACUACAACAGAUGUUGCAAUAGUACCAUUUAGUCGCCAGCAAAAAAUUAUUGGUGCCUGGUUGUUUGGAUGUGCUGGAAUGUGUUUUGGUGCUGUGAUACUGGGUGGAGUCACAAGAUUGACAGAGUCUGGAUUGUCCAUGGUGGAUUGGCAGUUAAUUAAAGAUAUGAAGCCUCCAAGAAGUCAGCAAGAAUGGGAGGAAGAGUUUGAGAGAUACAAACAAUACCCUGAAUAUCAGUACAUCAUUAAGGAGAGAGAUUUCACCCUAUCCGAUUUUAAAUUUAUUUAUUAUAUGGAGUAUGCUCAUAGGAUGUGGGGACGAAUGGUGGGCAUGGUAUUCUUAGUACCAGCUGCUUACUUUCUUAGUAAGGGUUGGGUCUCCACCAGUCUCAAGCGCCGCCUAGUGUUAAAUACAGCUUUAUUAGGCUUCCAGGGCUUUCUUGGCUGGUAUAUGGUUAAGAGUGGACUACAAGAACAGGCACAGCCGUCCGAUAUCCCCAGGGUCAGUCAAUAUAGACUGGCCUCACACUUAGGAUCAGCCUUUAUCCUUUAUGCUCUGUUUAUGUGGCAGGGAUUGACUCAGUUUCUACCCAUUAACAAUUUACCAAAUACACCACAGAUGAAAAGACUAAGAAUCAUGGCCCAUAGCAUAAAGGGACUUAUAUUUGUCACUGCCAUAUCAGGGGCCUUUGUUGCUGGCCUGGAUGCUGGACUUACCUACAAUUCCUGGCCAAAAAUGGCCGACAGAUGGAUUCCCAGUGACCUCCUCGCAAUAUCUCCUACCUGGAAAAAUUUCUUUGAAAAUCCCACAACAGUGCAAUUUGACCAUAGGCAUCUGGCUGAGAGUACUGUGGUGUUGAUUGGUAUUUUCUGGUACAUGUGUAGGAAUGCUCCAUUGCCCCCUAGAAUGAGAAUGGCUGUGAAUGCCCUCCUAGGAAUGGGUAUUAUACAGGCAUCCCUAGGUAUCACUACCCUUCUGACAUACGUCCCCACCCCCCUGGCCGCUACUCAUCAGUCAGGGUCACUCAUUUUACUCAGUAUCGCCAUCUGGCUGACUCACGAGUUCCGUCGACUUCCCAUCCCAAAAUGAAAAAAAAUUAUCCAUACUUUAUAAAGCUUCUAGAAUGAGAAUAUAAGAAGACAUGGGAUCAAAUGCUGUCGGGAAAAAAAUACUAAAGAUCUGGAUGUUGUGAAUGCUUGCAUUUACAAAUUAAAUGUGUGCUCAAAACUGCUUAAUUGUAGUAAAUGAUCAUGUAAAUGAUAAGAUAGAAUUUUAAUGAUUUGUUUUUCAAUACUAUUGUGAUCAGAUUGUGAUAUUAUUAAAAAGUUGUACAGAGUACAAUUAUGCUUCAGUCUGUUCAUUAUAUUGUAACUUAUUGUUUGUAAAUCAAUUAAAAAUAUUAAAUGCA